CACAAGAGCUGGAGGAAACCUAGAGGAACGAUUAUUGUGUAACAAGCAGCAUUUCCUAUACACCUGUGAACUCUUAGGAACACCUUCGUUGUUACUCCCUUGUUUGUCAAGACGUCUUGUCACAAAUCGCUCCUUUCUGGAUCACAAGCAAACGUCUUGAAGCUCACGAUAUUUAAGCCUCCGAUAAUCUGUUCAGUGUACUUGCCAAAAUGGCGGAUGAUUCUCCACAAUAUAAACUAUUAACGGCGAUGAUAAUCGUAAUCACGAGUCCAUUGGUAAUCACCCUCACGUCCAAGACUUCGACGGAAGACGCAGUUGUUCCACAAAGGUCACACCCUACUGUACCCUGUAAUCUGCAUCCCCUGUCUGGAUGGACUGAUGGAAAUACCAGGUUCUAUGGAAUUUCUGACCAAAAUCUCUGGUUGUACGACUCUACGAUGGGUGUUUGGGACCAUGUAUCAUUACCCAAUAAAACGAGAGAGGAGAGCUCUUCGUGGAGGGUCAGAUGUGAGCACGAACAUUACCUCGUCGUUGACAAUCUUGACGAAGCGUUCGUGUUACAAAUGAGUUCGUCACAAUGGCAUCAGGUGCCAAUUUCAAACAUAUCUUCCUCACACCUAACCUGGUGUUUAGGUGGUCAUUUCAUUGCCAUGGACCUCUAUACAGGAUCUGUUUACCGUCUGAAUUUUAAAAAGGCUAGAUGGGAGACUGACCAGGGAAUUGCGAAUUUUUAUUACAAUGAGACAGAAUCUGAUGUUAUAGGGCUUUCUUGGUCUGAAAACCAUGCUCAAGUCCUCUAUCUGUGGCUGAAAGACCUGUCAUCAGACGCGCAGAGUCUAUGGACAGCCAACUAUUCCACCACUAACAUUUCUUUUAUACAAGUUGAUGAAUGGGAAUAUGAAAACAUUACGGUACAUCUAGAAUCUCUGGUCACGUGGAUAACAGACAGAGUACUCUGGGUUUGGGGCAGAGGCCAAGAAGAAGAGGAGAUAUGGAAACUAGAUCCAGAGAGUUCUCACUGGGAGCAAGUGCCAAUUAAAUAUGAAGAUUCCCAAGACAACAGAUUUCCUUCUCUGAACAGAACUGUAACAGCUUGGACAGAAAACGGAAAACUUUGCGUGCUAAGCACACAAGCCGAGUGCAAAAAUAAUUUAUUUGAUGGAGAGAUUUGGUGUCUGCAUACAUCUGGUUUAGAGAGUACGAAUUUUCCCACAACAGUCAGCCAGGACUCUGUGGCCUUACCUACCCAGAUAACGUCAUCCGAUGAGUAUCUCUCUUCUAACGAUUCUCAUUCACGCGGAACUCAAGUAGUCACCCCUCUACUUUCUACCGUCCCUCUUUCAAAUCCCACCCCAACAAACACCGAGGCUCCAUCUACACCCUACUAUUCAAAGGAAAGUUAUGUAUCCUGGCACCCAGGACUUCAGCGAACUAGAAAUGUAUCGAACAUCGAAGUACUUUACAGAGAGGAGACGUUUAAGCCGAAGAUGGACGUUUCAACAGCAACUAGAAGCAGCUGGCAUCAGCAACAUUCCACCGUGUUUGGUUCUGUCGUUUUCUUUGGCACGUCCUUGACAAUCUUUGGGGUAGUAGGUAUCGUCUGGUGCGUACGACGCUGUGUACACUUCCCCAAAGACGCACUGUUGCUACGUGACCCUCCAUCGGUUCGUUACACUGCCAUACCCGAUGCUCAAGCCUGAAGAAACGCAGCAGACGUGAAAUCAAUAUCUAACAAGCAUGCGCAGUAGCAUCUAAUAUGUCCAACGAGAGCAUUGCUUUUACUGUUGUAUUGUACUGUGUCGUAAGAAUUGUUGUUAAUUUUCAGUAUAGUUUAUAGCGUCACGGAUGGUGAAUUUCUUGAAGAGGAAAAGCAGAAUAAACCCACAGGGAGAGGAGGAUUACUGAGUAGUUAUGAGCCGUCGAAAUAUCAUCAGCGAUGCUUUGCUUUAAUAAUUGUAUUUUAUUCCACGAACUGGGGGAUGACUUCUCUUUGUGUGAACAAAGAGGUCGAAACACUGUUAUAAAAUACAGAGAAAGUGUAAUACGUGACGAGGUGGUUUGUUGCAAACCCAUAACGAAUUUUUCGAAAAUCCCUCCGAUAAUUAUUGGCUAUAAUUUAAGGAAUUUGUAUCGAUUAGAUGUUUCUCUCCUGUCCUUAACGAGAACAUCCAACAUGCAAAUCCCAAUCAGUUUUAACGUCUGUGAUCGAGAAGCUUUUCAGUUUCUAAACAUAUCAAUUCACAAUACUUGUUUCUUCAAUAAUGUUUGGACUUCCUACCGAUAAGCAAUGAAAAUAUUUCGCUCAAAUUCAUUCACUUUUGUGGAUGUUAUUUAAAAAGAACGGUCGCUAUAUACAUAAUUAUGUGCAUCAGCUUAAAGACACCCAGUAUAUCUGCUUUCUCUGCAUAACUUUAUGUACGACAGAAAAAACAACAACAGCAAAACGUCCGUGGUCAAAAUUACUUACUUUCAUUUCUGUCAAGUUUUCAUGCUAUCUACACAGCGUGGUCACAAGUAAAUAGACACCACCUUUUCAGAAAAAAUGAACUUUUUCAGUCAUAUUCA